AGCACACUGAGGUCAUUCUUCAUAACUAUAGCAUUAAUAGGCUUAUAGGAAGUGUGCUGUGACUAUGUGCACAUGCUGUGCUCUGUUCGCAGGGACUAACAUGUCAGAAUAAUAAAACUAUAUCUAAUUUACAUAAGCUAUUUCAUAAGUAUAUAUGAUGAGCUGAGCUGGAAGAACAUAGCAAGUACAAACACAACAACACAGACAACUGGCACUGCAGAUGGGCGACUGAAAGUGUGUCAUCACCAUCUCCAGUCUAAUCACCUCCGCCCGCGCUCCUCCUCUGUUUCUCUCUCCCCUCCCCUCCCUGUCUCUCUAUCUUUCGCUCUCCAUCCUCCCCUCACUGUCUAUGUUAUGGAAAGACAAAAAGUUGAUUUAUUCCUCAGAGGCUGCAGCUCAGCACAUCCAGCCAAAUUCGCAUGUCUCCAUGCGUAAGCGCAUGUUUCUGUGGGCGAGGACACAUAUGGUGAUGAGACUGAGCACAUGUGUGAUUGUCGCCUCCUCCAAGUUAAUCUCUGAAGAGGAGGUGUGGUUGCCUCCUCCUUCUUUUGGAUCUCAGAACUGAAUAUUCAACAGCGUUUUGCCUCAAGCUUUUCAUCGAACGUCAGUUUUGUCUGUGAAACGUCCUCGGGUUGUUCGAUUUUAAUACUUUACCUGGCUUUGGUCUUCUGACAUCUCUCUAAAAUGAGUUUCAGCAGUGAUAUGGAUGAGACAGAAGAUGGGAGCAACAGAGAGUUUGAGAGCGUGGAGAUGAAUAAGCUGCGUCAGAGCCUGCGCAGGAAGAAGCCCACGUACGUGCCGGAGGCCAGCCGGCCGCACCAAUGGCAGGCGGACGAAGAGGCUGUACGAAAGGGCAAAUGCAACUUUCCUGUCCGGUACCUCGGUCUGGUGGAGGUAGAGGAGUCCAGAGGGAUGCAUGUGUGCGAAGAAGCAGUGAAAAAACUGAAAGUGAGUGGGAAAAAAACUGUCAAGGCUGUGCUUUGGGUGUCUGCUGAUGGCCUGAGAGUAGUGGACGACAAAACCAAGGACCUCAUUGUUGACCAGACCAUUGAGAAGGUGUCCUUCUGCGCACCUGACCGUAAUUACGACAAGGCAUUCUCCUACAUCUGCCGUGAUGGUACGACUCGCCGCUGGAUAUGUCACUGCUUCAUGGCCUUGAAGGACUCGGGUGAACGUUUGAGUCAUGCGGUUGGAUGUGCCUUCGCCGCUUGCCUUGAGCGGAAGCAACGCAGAGAGAAGGAGUGUGGGGUCACUGCUUCCUUUGAUGCAAGCCGCACAUCGUUUGUUAGGGAAGGCUCCUUCCGCGUCUCCUCAGCUGGACAGCAGAGUGACCGAGAGGACAUCAUGAAACAACUGCAAGACAAAAAGAAAGAAGUGUGUGGAAUUUCUGCAGUGCCACCUGGAAAUGCAUCUCCUCCAGAAGGAGCGGCGUCUCCGGGGGAGCGAGCGGAGCCGGGUGGGCCUCACGCCAUCCCACGCCGCCACGCUCCUAUUGAGCAGCUGGUGCGGCAGGGCUCUUUCCGCGGCUUUCCACAACUAAGCCAGAAGAACUCACCUUUCAAACGGCAGCUCUCCCUACGCUUGAAUGAUCUCCCAUCAACCCUGCAGCGCAAGACAGAUUUCCAGACCAAGAACCCAGUUCCAGAGAUGGAUCUAUCAGUGGCAGGAGAGGCGGACAGCAUAAAUGCUCUGUGCAGCCAAAUCAACAGCUCUUUCACCAAACCAUCUGAGGAUCUGUGUGCCAAAGCCACCAGCAACUGUUUACCAGUUUGCAGCGCUCCACCUGCCCUUCCCCCUCCACCUGCUCCACCGCAAGCUACAAGCUCAUGGGUUCAGACAGAGCCGGCUGUCCAAUCUCCUCCACCCGUUUCUCUGGGCGGCCACAAACGAACCCCGUCCGAGGCAGAACGCUGGCUGGAGGAAGUGGCUAAAGCAGUGAAAGCUCAGCAGCAGACUCCACCGACCCUUCCACCACCACCCACUCAGCAACCUCCACCGGUGCCCCCUAUGCCCAUCGCAUCCGGUUCCCUCCCCUCCUCCAUGCAGUCAUUCCCAAUGGCCUUUGAUGUUACCCCCACACCCUUAGGCAUGUUUGCCCAACAGCCCCUUCAACCGACGUUUGUACCUAUGCAGCCGUACAUGCCCAAUCUGGCCAACAGCAUGACCUAUCCCAAUGCCAGUGUGCCUGUUGUGGGCAUCACACCAUCACAGAUGGUGGCUAAUGUAUUCUGCUCUGCGGCCGGGACAGGGGGUGGUGGAGUGGCGAUGGGGGUCGGGAUGGGGCCGAAGACGGGUACGCUUGGUGGUGGCCAACAAUCAGCUUCCCCCGCCCUGUCCGGGGGCUUCCCAACCACCACAUUCUCAACUCCUCCGACCGUCAACGGCCAUCUGCAUAACUCCUUUCCAUCAACGACUACGAGUGUCACACACAAUGGAAGUACCAUUGGCACUAGUUGGCCGAUGGAGAGUUUGAAUCUGAAUACCACAUGCAAUUCACAGGAAGCAGAGCAUUUUGAGGCAAAGUGGGCUGCUCUGGAGUCCAAAUCGCAACCGAAGGCGCAAAACCCUUUUUCGAAUGACUUACAAAAGACUUUUGAGAUUGAACUAUAAUCGUUAGGAGACUCUGAACCAUUUCAUACCCCAGUCCCCUUCCCUUUUUUUGUCUCCUAAAGGGUUUUCUUAUGCUCAAGGACAUUGGUUGAUGUAAGAGAUCAUUCGGUUGUAUUUUGCGUCAUUUCGAGAAUCAGACUCAAGAAAAGAAAGACCUUCACAACAUGUUCGGCACUUACAAGACCGCUUGAAGGAGAAACCUGCACAUUACUUUCACCGGUAAUGACCCUUGCUUGGAAAAUUAAUGAUUUUGCUUGAAGGAAAUAUUGAAAUUAGGGGAUGGUCAAAGUUUAUUUAUUGUUUAUUAAUUUCUUAUUUGAUUAUAUAAUCAGAUUUUAAUUAUUCUCAGUUUUCCCUUAUUUAUUUAUAUUGAACAGAGUGAAGGAUUACUGGUGGAAUAAAUUGGCUACUUGAAAAUCUAUUCACCAAAUGAUAGAUUAAAUAAUUUGGGUAUCGUUAUCUUGUAGAACUGAGUUUACAUUGUGGUGUAAAUAGCAUGCUUUCUGUUUACUUUAUUUAUUGCCAGUUUCUGUGGCUGUUCGGUUCAUUAGUUCCAAAUGAAUCAGUUGAACCAUUGAAAGAUCCGCUCUGAACCAAGUGGAUACCAAAAGUUCCACCAACAGGCACAUUCCAACCCUGAUUAUACGAUCGAGACCCAUAAUGCAAUGGAAAACUAGACCGAAAUACCACUACUUCUAGUAAUUAACCUUUUAGAGAUUUGGAACAACAUUUCUUAGGUUUGUAGUUUUACUUUUAUAAUCCGUUUAGCCAGCCCUGUUGAAAUAUAUGAAUUUGGUCAUUUAUUUUAAAUGGUUUCAUAGGGCUUCUCAGUUGUUAUGAAUGUAUUUCAGAAACUCUGUGACCAUUCUAGGGUGGUAACAUGACAAAUUUGUGUUAAAUGGGUGGUUGUGAAGGAAAUAUUGAAAAAAAUGAAGGUUAUAGUGUUCGUUUUUGCAAGCAAUGGAACGACUACACAGACUUUUAAAGGGACAGAGUCAUUUGGUCCCAUUCAUGCAUGCUUAAAAUAUCCCAUAUUACAGUAUGUUAAAACAUUGAAUAUGAAUAUUAGUCUUGGCUUUUGUUUCUUAUCACCACUGUUUCAAGGGAAUAAUUGUCUUUAAUUGCAGGCGAAUAAUGGCACACACUCUACACUAUAAGAUUUCAUGCAGUUAUUGUAAAAAUAGAUUUGGAUCCUGCUCAUUCAAGAUGUUCAUAUUUUCUCCAGUGUGGAGCAUUUAGGCACAUUUAUUGUUCAGUUAUGCUCAAUGGUCGUAUUUUUAUUUUCUUGGGAAAUUAUCCAAGUGUGUGGAUAAGGUAUUGAAUGAGCUUUCUGGAGUGUGUGGAGCCUGUAAGUGUCAAAGCUAGAUGAUCAAAGUAAGACUGCACACUGUGCUCAGUGAGGUGAACAUAAACACUCUUCCUUUGGAGAUUUAAUAGAAGUGGACAUUCAAGGCAGGCACAAUGUUUUUAACUUGUUUCAAGAGGCCAUUUUGACUGUCAUGUGUUAUAAAUUGACCUCCCGGUUUUCUUAUCAGUUGUUUAUUACAGGGUCAAGCGGGUCUAUUGUGGCACAAUGAAUCUAAAAAUGGUCCUUUUUCCAAAGACAAUGCAUUUGUAAUUUGGCCAAGCGAUAUGUUGUAUGGCGUCAAACGGAUGAAUUUAUUAUACUCAAUUGCCCUGGCUCUCUUUGUGUACACACCCUCCCCAUGACAAAAUCGAGGUUUCUCAAAACCAGGGAACUAAAUUACCUCAUAAAGUUGAUUGUAAACUUUAGUGUAGUGAUAACAAACCAGUGGAAUUUAUUUUUAAUCUUUAUUUCAAGAAUUUUGUAUUUAAACCUGCAUAUUUCUAUUGUAAUUACAUUGUAUAAAAGAUAAAUAAAUAAUAUAAUAUAAGCAA